UAUAAUUAAUCAGUACUUCUCGUCAGCGGAGAUUCUCCUUAACCACUGUCAUCUCAAUACUCAGUCGUCACCGAGAAGACGGUCAAAAUCCUGGCGAAGAAUUGGCGAAAGAAGAAAAAGAUCGACUACUGAACGCGCAAGCGUGAAAUGCCCCAACCUGCAAGCCCUAGUUGCCAUGGAGCCGAAGCAUAAUACUUCCCACUGUCAUUGUCCACGCCAACAUGCUUCAGCCCCUUGCGCAAAAGAAUUUGUUUAUUCCAUUCUCUCUUUCUCCUCACGCCUCUCCUAUGCCGGCCUACGGAAACCCUAACACUAGAAAUACGCCCCUCCCCUCUUGUAGUCCUUAGCAGAGAAGAAGAGAUGCGCGGAAUCGAAGUAUGGUUCCGCGACUCCGUACCCGUUCGAUUUCCGGCAGUUGGAGAGGAUCCGCUUCGAGAGUCGCGCGCAUUCGUCGCCGGUGGAUUGUUCAUCGACCCUGUCGUGCCGGCGUCCUUAAUAUCGUCGGUAUCGUCCCCCCAAAGGGCUUCUUUUCGCUGGUUGUCGGUGGUCAGAGUGCGUGGAUUCUUGUCAGUGAGUUUAUCGGUGAAGGGGGGUGAGGGAUUCGCUCGGGAGUCUGUCGGGUUUCUCGAGAAGAAUGGGGAGAAUAACUCUGUGGAGGAGAUGAAGGAGGAUGAGGUUAUUUUGGUGGUCAAGAAAAAGAAGGUUAGAGUACGCGGGGCGGGAGCUGGUGCUAUUAAUACCAGUAAGCAUUUGUGGGCUGGAGCAGUUGCUGCCAUGGUGUCCAGAACCUUUGUGGCUCCACUUGAGAGAUUGAAAUUGGAGUACAUGGUUCGAGGUGAACAGAGCAAUCUGCUUGAGCUCAUUAAGAAAAUUGCCACCACACAAGGUUUAAAGGGUUUUUGGAGAGGAAAUUUUGUCAAUAUUCUUCGCACAGCACCAUUUAAAGCAGUUAACUUCUAUGCAUACGAUACAUACAGAAAACAACUACUCAGAAUUUCUGGGAAUGAGGAAACGACUAAUUUUGAAAGGUUUAUUGCUGGAGCUGCAGCUGGAAUCACUGCUACCAUACUGUGUAUUCCAAUGGACACGAUCCGAACAAAGAUGGUUGCACCAGGAGGUGAGGCAUUAGGUGGAGUUAUCGGCGCAUUUAGACACAUGGUCUACACGGAGGGAUUCUUUUCCUUGUAUAAGGGAUUGGUGCCUUCCAUUAUUAGCAUGGCACCAUCUGGUGCAGUUUUUUAUGGAGUAUAUGAUAUAUUGAAGUCAGCUUAUCUGCAUUCGCCUGAAGGAAUGAAGAGAAUUGCAUUGAUGAAUCAACAAGGAGAUCAAUUGAAUGCAUUGGAUCAGCUUGAAUUGGGCCCCAUGAGAACUUUACUGUAUGGGGCUAUUUCUGGCUGUUGUGCUGAGGCUGCCACAUAUCCUUUUGAAGUUGUUAGGAGGAAACUACAAUUGCAGGUCCAAGCAACUAGAUUAAGUGCAUUAGCAACGUGUGUAAAGAUAGUUGAGCAAGGUGGUAUACCAGCACUUUAUGCUGGCUUGAUUCCAAGCUUGCUACAGGUUUUACCUUCUGCUGCCAUCAGUUACUUUGUAUAUGAGUUUAUGAAGAUCGUCCUUGAAGUCGAAUGAUUAAAAUCCAUUUAUGGCCACUGCUCCAAUAGAUGUGAGAGAAUGAUUUGGUGGCUGGAGAUUUUUUUUUUGGCCCUAUUUAAUAUGGCAAAGUUUACUAGCCUCUCUCUCACCUUUACAUUUAAUCUUAAGGCCUGCAGUUGUGAAGGCCUGCAAGCAUGUGUUAUGAACUUGCUUCAUCAUUUCAUUUUACCUUCUAAUAACUUUCUCUAUACUAAAAAAAAUUGAUUCUCAAUCUCGAGCUCCUAAAUGGCGGAUUUUAAUUUA